AUGCAGUGCUACUCAGAACUGACGCCUCCGACGGCUGUCUCCCACUCGAUCGCCCUCCCUUUACUCUCGGCGCAAAGCAGCAACCUCGUCGUCGCAAAAGCUUCAGUACUCCAAAUAUUCGAGACCAGGACCAUCACAUCCGAAAUCGACGUUCCACAGGCCUCGAGCCUGCACUCGACCAAGCCAAACGCCCACUACGACAGUCGAAUCAACGACGACGAUGGACUCGAGUCGUCGUUCCUCGGCGGCGAUGCUGCUUUCCAGAAAUCCGAUCGCGCGCACAAUACAAAGCUCAUCCUAGUCGCCGAGGUCUCUUUGUCUGGCACGAUAACGGGGCUGGCAAGAAUCAAGACGAAGAACACCGUGUCAGGAGGCGAAGCACUGCUCGUCCUGUUCAAAGACGCCAAGUUGAGUCUGCUGGAAUGGGACCCGGAGCGACACGACUUGACAACCAUUUCAAUCCAUUACUAUGAACAGGAGGACCUCCAAGGAAGCCCCUGGGCACCCCCGCUGAGUGAUUGCGUCAACUUCCUGGCUGCGGAUCCUGGGAGCAGGUGUGCCGCCCUGAAGUUUGGCUCCAGAAACCUCGCCAUCUUGCCUUUCAAACAGGCUGAUGAGGAAGACAUUGCAAUGGAUGACUGGGAUGAGGAACUUGAUGGCCCAAGACCGGUGAAACAAGAUCUGCCCUCGGCGGUUGUAAAUGGCAUUAGCAACAUAGAAGACACCCCGUAUUCACCGUCAUUUGUCCUUCGAACCUCCCGUCUCGAUCCCAACCUGAUUCAUCCCAUUGAUCUCGCCUUUCUGCACGAGUAUAGAGAGCCAACAUUUGGCAUUUUAUCCUCGAAGCUGGCUCCAUCAGCUGCAGUGGGUCGGAAGGACCAUCUUUCCUUCAUGGUGUUCAAUCUAGACAUUCAACAAGAGUCCCAUACUCCCAUCUUGUCAGUUGGCGGGCUGCCCCAAGAUCUGUUCAAGGUCAUUGCUGUACCUGCUCCUGUUGGUGGUGCCCUCCUCGUCGGGGCUAAUGAGCUGGUCCACAUAGAUCAGUCAGGCGCAACAAACGGGGUGGGGGUGAACCCCUUCACGAAGCAGUGCACAGAUUUCACUCUCAACGACCAGUCUUACCUUGGACUGCGUCUCGAAGGAUGCUCCCUUGAUUUCAUUUCACCAGAAACAGGGCAGAUGCUUCUUGUCUUGUCUGAUGGUCGCCUGGCAACACUGGACUUCCAGGUGGACGGACGUAGAGUGUCUGGCCUUCUGCUCAAGCUUGUCAGUCCCGAAUCAGGGGGCGCCAUCAUACCAUAUCGGGUUUCUUGCCUCAGUCGAUUGGGCAGGAAUACAAUCUUUGCGGCCAGUGAAGAAGGAGACUCAGUCGUUCUCGGUUGGACUCGCAAACAAGGUCAGGCGUCAAGGAGGAAACCACGGCCCCAGGACACAUCUUUGGAAUUGGAAGAUCUGGAAGACGAGGAUUUUGAAGAUGAGGAUGAUCUCUACGCAGAGACUCCGGCAGUCACCCAGAUCACAAAUGGCGCUGCUGCAUCGAAAGGGGGCGAGAUGGUUUUCAGAAUUCACGACAAGCUUACGAGUAUCGCACCAAUUCGAGACAUCACAUACGGAAAAGCAUCCUUCCCCAGCGACGAGGAAGAAGAGCAGAACUUAUCUGGGGUGCGGAGUAAUCUGCAGCUUGUGGCAGCCGUAGGGACUGGGCAAGCCGGGUCAUUGGCAAUAAUGAAUCGCGAAAUACAGCCCAAGGUCGUUGGUCGGUUUGAGUUCCCAGAAGCCCGGGGAGUAUGGACCAUGAACGCACAAAAGCCCGUGCCAAAAUCUUUACAAGCAGAAAAGGGCGGCCCAGCCGUAGGGAAUGACUAUGAUCCGUCCGCACAGUACGACCGAUUCAUGAUUGUGGCGAAAGUCGAUCUAGACAAUUAUGAGACUUCAGACGUCUAUGCUCUGACCGCCGCUGGUUUCGAGUCGUUGACGGGGACCGAAUUCGAGCCGGCAGCAGGUUUUACCGUCGAGGCUGGAAUGAUGGCAAACCAUCGGCGGAUCAUACAAGUAUUAAAGUCAGAAGUCCGCAUCUAUGAUGGAGACCUUGGCUUGGCUAUGAUUCUCCCUAUGGAGGAUGAGGAAACGGGUGCCGAGCCCAGGGUCCUGAGUGCGAGUAUUUGUGAUCCGUAUUUGCUCCUCAUAAGGGACGACUCGAGUGCGCUCAUUGCAGAGAUGAGCUCAGACGACGAGCUGGAGGAAAUUGAGAAGACGGACGGCAAGCUCAAGUCGACGAAAUGGGCUUCUGGCUGCCUAUACGCCGAUACUACGGGCAGAUUUGGUAACGCACCAGAAGAAAAGGGACAAAAACGGAUUUUCAUGUUCUUGCUCAAGUGGGUUGUUCGGAGGGGCGCUGCGAAGGAGACUGUUACCGAGAUCCUUGUAGCAGAUCUAGGAGACACAACGUCCAAAGCACCCCACCUGAUACUCCGCCAUGUAAAUGACGACGUCACGAUCUACGAGCCACACAAAAAUGCCAAAUCAACCACAAAUGAUCUGACAAGCUCCUUGUUCUUCCGAAAAGUACCAAAUUCGUCUCUUGCGAAGAGCGUUGAAGAGCCUACAGAUGACGAUGAUACGACAGACGAGUUUCGGAGAAUGCCACUACGGGCCCUCGAAAAUGUUGGAGGCUAUAGCACUGUCUUUCUUCCUGGUUCCUCACCCAGCUUUAUCAUCAAGUCCUCGAAGUCGACGCCGAAAGUGGUUGGGAUUCAAGGCACUGGCGUCAGGACCCUGAGCUCCUUCCACACAGAGGGCUGUGAGAGAGGUUUCAUAUACGCAGAUUCGGAAGGUAUGUCUCGUGUCACACAACUGCCCAACGACUGCACAUUUUCGGAGAUAGGAAUGUCACUUCAGAAGGUCUCUUUGGGCGUCGACACAGACUCGGUAGCGUUCAACUCUCGGGCUGAGGUGUACGCCAUCGGUUGCAAUGUUGAAGAGGAAUUCGAGCUGCCCAAAGACGAGGACAGCAACCCCCAACAAGCUCCGACGUGGAUGAAGGAGAAGAUCACAUUCAAGCCUAUAGCUGAGCGCGGUGCUUUGAAGCUCAUCACACCGCAUACUUGGACCGUCAUCGACGAGGUCGAGAUGGAGCCGUGCGAGAUUAUCACCUGCGUCAAGGCUCUAAACUUGGAAAUUUCCGAAACAACCCACGAGCGCAGUGAGCUUAUCGUCGUUGGCACUGCCAUCUCGCGAGGCGAGGAUCUUCCGAUUCGCGGCCGAAUACAUGUCUACGAUGUCGCUACAGUCAUCCCUGAACCAGGCCGACCAGAGACAGACAAAAGGUUCAAGCUCGUCGCCAAAGAAGACAUACCUAGGGGUGGUGUAACAGCGAUCUCAGGCGUUGGGACGCAGGGUUUCGUCCUGGUUGUGCACGGCCAGAAGUGUACUGUACGUGGCCUGAAGGAAGACGGGUCACUUCUUCCAGUGGCAUUCAUGGACAUGAGCAACUACGUCACGAGCGUCAAGGAGAUCCCAAGCACAGGCCUCCUGGCGAUGUCAGAUGCCUUCAAAGGAGUGUGGUUCACGGGCUACACCGAAGAACCAUACAAGAUGAUGCUCUUUGGCAAAAGCAAUACGAAGUUGGAGGUCUUGAACUGUGAAUUCGUGCCAGAUGGCAAGGAUCUCUUCAUCUUGGCUGUUGACGUGGAUGGGAAUAUCCAUAUUUUCCAAUUCGAUCCCGAGCAUCCAAAAUCCCUUCAAGGUCACCUGCUUCUACACCGAACAUCAUUUAACGUGGGAGCACACGUGCCUGUCAAGUCAAUGCUGCUACCACGAGUGCCUCUUCCCAACUCUCAGCCACAAGAGAAUGGGCACCUCACCAACGGCAUCGCAGCGAAUACCAUUUCUCCCCACACUAUCCUAUUUGCAUCACCCACCGGAUCCCUAGCUACACUCAUAUCUGUAUCUGAGACUUCUUAUCGGCGUCUCUCGUCACUCAUGUCACAGCUCAUCAAUACGCUGCCCCACCCCGCCGGCCUCAAUCCCAAGGCUUACCGCAUGCCACCCUCAGCAACACAAACCAAGGCUAGCAUGGGACCUGGUGUUGAUGCAGGAGGGGGCCGUAACAUCGUCGAUGGUGUGGUGUUGGCGAGGUGGAUGGAGUUGGCAAGCGGCAGGAGAGCGGAGAUCGCUGGGCGUGUUGGGUACUCGGGGUCAGAAGAGGUGAGGUCCGAGCUGGAGGGUGUAUUGGGCUGGAGCGGGCUGAGCUACUUCUAG